CUCCUCACUCCCAACAAUGGCGGCUCCGAGCCCGAGCGGCGGCGGCGGCGGCUCCGGGGGCGGCAGCGGCAGCGGCACCCCGGGCCCCGUGGGGCCCCCGGCGCCGGGCCACCCGGCCGUCAGCAGCAUGCAGGGUAAACGCAAAGCACUGAAGUUGAAUUUUGCAAAUCCACCUUUCAAAUCUACAGCAAGGUUUACUCUGAAUCCCAACCCUACAGGAGUUCAAAACCCACACAUAGAGAGACUGAGAACACACAGCAUUGAAUCGUCAGGAAAACUGAAGAUCUCCCCUGAGCAACACUGGGAUUUCACAGCGGAGGACUUGAAAGACCUUGGAGAAAUUGGACGAGGAGCUUAUGGUUCUGUCAACAAAAUGGUCCACAAACCAAGUGGGCAAAUAAUGGCAGUUAAAAGAAUUCGGUCAACAGUGGAUGAAAAAGAACAAAAACAACUUCUUAUGGAUUUGGAUGUAGUAAUGCGGAGUAGUGAUUGCCCGUACAUUGUUCAGUUUUAUGGUGCACUCUUCAGAGAGGGUGACUGUUGGAUCUGUAUGGAACUCAUGUCUACCUCGUUUGAUAAGUUUUACAAAUAUGUAUAUAGUGUAUUAGAUGAUGUUAUUCCAGAAGAAAUUUUAGGCAAAAUCACUUUAGCAACUGUGAAAGCACUAAACCACUUAAAAGAAAACUUGAAAAUCAUUCACAGAGAUAUCAAACCUUCCAAUAUUCUUCUGGACAGGAGUGGAAAUAUUAAGCUCUGUGACUUUGGCAUCAGUGGACAGCUGGUGGACUCCAUUGCCAAGACAAGAGAUGCCGGGUGUAGGCCAUACAUGGCACCUGAAAGAAUCGAUCCGAGUGCAUCACGACAAGGAUAUGAUGUCCGCUCUGAUGUCUGGAGUUUGGGGAUCACAUUGUACGAGUUAGCCACAGGCCGGUUUCCUUAUCCAAAGUGGAAUAGUGUAUUCGAUCAACUCACACAAGUCGUGAAAGGGGACCCUCCACAGCUGAGUAACUCUGAAGAAAGGGAGUUCUCCCCAAGCUUCAUCAAUUUUGUCAACUUGUGCCUUACGAAGGAUGAAUCCAAAAGGCCAAAGUAUAAAGAACUUCUGAAACAUCCCUUUAUUUUGAUGUAUGAAGAACGUACCGUAGAGGUCGCCUGCUAUGUUUGUAAAAUCCUGGAUCAGAUGCCAGCGACUCCCAGCUCUCCCAUGUAUGUCGACUGAUCUCGCUGCUACGUCAGACUCGAGAAUAAAGGGCUGAGAAGAAGCAAGACGUAAAGAAUUUUCAUCCCUUAUCACAGUGUUUUUAUUGCUCGCCCAGACACCAUGUGCAAUAAGAUUGGUGUUCGUUUCCAUCAUGUCUGUAUACUCCCGUCACCUAGAACAUGCAUCCCCGUGACACCCGAUUGAUCACACAGUGUUAGUGAUGGUCAGAGAGACCUCAUCCUGCUCUAUUGUGAUGAAUUUAGUCAUGAAAUGUGGAAGUCAGUACGAUCAAUUUGUUGACUGUGAUUAGAUCACAUCUUAAAUUCAUUUCUAGACUCGAAACCUGAAGACGCAGCUACUGGAGUGGUGUUUUGUCAGACUUCCAGAUGCCGGAAGAACACGGUGAUGGAUGUACUAUGUCUGAACAGAGAGACUCGGGCUUGAGUGAGAAGAGCUGGUGCAGCCGACAAGACACACGGCCCUCUGGAGCUGGGGGACAAAGGAGGAAUUUACUUUCUUCACCAAGUGCAAUAGAUUUACUGAUUUGAUAUUCUGUUGCUUUACCGUCACAGUCGAUGUUCGGGGAUCGAUGUGCUCAGCCAAAUUUCCUGUUUGAAAUAUCACGUUAAAUUAGAAUGAAUUUAUCUUUACCAAAAACCAUGUUGCGUUCAAAG